AUGCCCUCGACGUCCCUGGAAUCGAAGCUCCUCGCCGAGGCCGCGGCCGUCAAGCACGGCCACGUGGGCCGCGCCGCGGACGGCGCGCCCGUGAGCUGGGGCCGCCACCUCUCCGAGGCGGCGCGCGGCAGCCCGGCCGUCGACGGCCGCUGCGUGUCCUACCUGCCGGAGCUGCCCGAGUCGUCCGGCGGCCGGGGCUGCACGGCCCACAUCGACCUCGACACGUGCGGCAUAUCGCCGCUCGACGAGCACAACGCGAAGCUCCUCGACAACGUGCACCCCGAGGUCUGGCAGGAUCCCACGCCCGAGCCGGGCUUCGUCUACGACCUCGUCGCCCUGGGCGCCGGCGCCGGCGGCCUGGUCUCGGCCAAGCAGGCGGCGCGGCGCGGCGCGCGGUCCGCGCUCAUCGAGUCGCAUUUGGCGGGCGGCGACUGCCUCAACGUCGGCUGCGUGCCGUCGAAGGCGCUGCUGCGGUGCGCGCGGGCCGCGCGGGAGGCGCGGCGCGGCGCCGAGUUCGGCGUCGACGGCGCGGCUGUCGCCGUCGAUUUCGGCGCGGUCAUGGAGCGCAUGCGGCGCCUGCGGGCGCGCAUCGCGCCGGCGGACGCGCACGCGGCGACGGCGGCCGUCGGCGCGGACGUGUUCCAGGGCCGCGGCGUCUUCGUGGGGCCGAACGAGAUCGAGGUCAACGGCCAGACCCUCAAGUUCCGCAAGGCCGUCGUCGCCACGGGCGGCCAGGCCGCCGUGCCGUCGAUCCCCGGCCUCGCGGAAGCGCCGUACCACACGAACGCGACGCUCUUCAACGCCACGGCGCUGCCGCCGCGCGUCGUCGUCGUCGGCGCGGGGCCCAUCGGCCUGGAGAUGGCCCAGGCCCUCGCCGUCUUCGGGUCGAAGGUGACCUGCGUGCUGCGGAGCGCCAAAGUUUUGCCGAAGGAGGACCCGGACGCGGCCGCGCUCGUGCGGGCAGCGCUGGAGCGCGACGGCGUCGCCUUCGUGACGGGCGCGGCCUACAAGCGGGUGGAGCACGCGCCGCCAAAAAAGGGCGCGGCCUUCCCGACGAUCGGCGUCGCGGUCGACGUCGACGGCGCGGAGACGAGAUUGGAGUGCGAGAUGCUCCUCGUGGCCACGGGCCGCAAGCCCAACGUCGAGCACUGCGGCCUCGACAAGGCCGGUGUUGCGUUUGACGUGCGCGACGGCGUGCAGGUUGAUGAUUAUCUACGCACGACGAACCCGGACGUCUACGCCGUCGGCGACGUGUGCACGCGGUACCAGUUCACGCACGUCGCCGGCACCAUGGCGGGCAUGGUCGUCGACAACGCGCUCUUCCGCGGGCGCCACGCCUUCUCCAAGCUCGUCGUGCCCUGGGCGACGUACACGGAGCCCGAGGUCGCGCACGUCGGCUUGUACGAGCGGGACGUCGCGAGCCAGGGGUUGGCGUGCGACACGUACACGACGGCGCUCGCGCACAACGACCGGGCCAUUUUGGAGGGGGCGACGGAGGGCUUCGUGAAGGUGCACUGCCGCAAGGGCACGGACGAAAUUCUCGGCGCGACGAUCGUCGCGGACCACGCGGGCGAGCUCAUCUCCGAGCUCACGCUCGCGAUCCAGGCCAACGUGGGCCUCGGCACCAUCGGCAAGACCAUCCACCCCUACCCCACGGUCUCCGAGGCCAUCGCGGGCUGCGGCGUCGCCUACAACCGCACGGUCUGGAAGACGAAGCGGCGCGACGGCGCCGCGGCCGCGCCGGGCGGUUUGAAGCUCGCGCUCGCGGCCGCGGCCGGGGCGCUCCUCGGCGCGCUGGCCGUGGUCAUCGCGAAGCCGCGCGCGGCGCGCUAG